CACAACUUCAUUUACAAAACUAAAAACACCUUCUAUAACCCUUUGGCAUCAAUAAGCCAAACAGAUCUUCCUUAUAUAGCACUCAGAAGCAAGUUUUAAAAACAAUGAAGAAAGUAGUGUUGAAGGUGGACUUGCAUUGUGAUAGAAUCAAGCAGAAAGCCAUGCAGACAGCAUCUGGCCUUUCAGGGAUUGAAUCGGUUUCUGUUGAUGUGAAAGACAUGAAAUUGAUCUUGUUGGGUGAGAUUGAUCCGGUGAAUGCAGUGUCGAAGCUAAGAAAGUUGUGUCAUACUGAAAUAGUUUCGGUUGGACCAGCAAAACAGGAGAAAGAUAAGAACGAGACAGCAAAGUUAGCUGUUCCUCUAAAACUCAACGAAGCAUACUAUCCACUUUAUUAUCAGAUGACUCCACAGUAUAGUCAAAGUUACUAUGUCACAAGUUACGAUGAAAAUCCUAAUACCUGUGUCAUCUGCUAAACUAAACAUAAUAUCAGACAAUAUAUGAUAAGAAAGACAAAGCAAUGAUGUUGGUUUUGUUAGUAUUUUGCAUGAUCUUAGGUUGAAGAUUAAUGUGUGUACGAGGUGGUAAAAAUUAUGUACAGUGUAAUUUCUGUGUGGUGUAUGAUUAGACUGUCAUUUUGUAAAACAAAUCCCACAGAAAAUAUGCUCUGUUCCAAGAUUUUGAGUGAUAUGUUAUCUU